AUGACUAAUACCUACGCCCACGUCUUGCUGGCCUUGUUGCCUGAAUUUCCAAGGUCAACUCGAGAUGUUGGCUCUGGUGCUCCUCUGUAUUUUUAUGUUUCUCGGCUGUUAUGGAGCUGGCGUCAUUUGCGUCUGGUUACAUUAGUGGGAGCUGGACUUUUAGUUGGCGCCGCUUUGGCUAUUGUUAUUCCCGAGGGUGUUGCUACCAUAUAUGACGAUCAGCAUAGUCAUGGCGGUAGCGCUCACACAAAGCACACCGGCAGUCACCAAAACAUAGAAAACAGUAUUUCCGAUACCCGCCAUUUGAAUCAACUGGAUGAUCCAGUCGCUCAUCCCUUUCAAGUUGUUGGCGGCUUUGCUCAGCCUGCUGCAAUACAACCUCUACCCGCAGCUAAUCAGCCCCAACCACUCCCUCCGGCUGGUGCACCAAAAGCGAUACAUUCUUCCGACGACCACGAUCAUGGGAAAUCAGCUUCCAGUUUGACGAAUCACGGCAUGAUUGGCCUGUCUCUAACAAUGGGUUUCGUCCUCAUGUUCCUUAUUGAUCAUCUGGGCACCGAAGCAAGAUGUCAAACCUGUGUUAGACCCCUGUUUCCCCUCUUCCAGUGUAUGUGCUGUCGAAAACAAUCUGGGGAUAUGCUACUGCCCACAACGAUAGAUGAAGCUACGUCCGGGGCUGGGGGAGCCAAUGCGGCAGUGGCCUUGGCAGAAGCAGAGCAUAGUGCCCUGACAACUACAGUGGGGCUGGUUGUACACUCCCUUGCAGAUGGACUUGCAAUUGGCGCCGCUUUUAGUCUCACCAUCGAUCUCACCCUCAUCCUUUUUAUAGCUAUAAUGCUUCACAAGGCUCCGGCAGCUUUCGGCUUUGUGUCUUUCUUAGUACAUUCAGGCCUACCUCGAUAUGCUGUCAAAAAAUACCUCUUUGUAUUCUCCCUUGCCACCCCUGUAGGUGCUCUUCUCACUUACUUCUUUGUCACCGCAAUUUCUUACCUCUCCUCUCAACAAGGCGGCUCAUCUAUGGCCUAUACGGGGUUCGCACUCCUGCUUUCAGGUGGAACAUUCCUCUAUGUCGCCACAGCACACAUAUUGCCUCAUUUGACCGCAGAAAAGCCUUCAGCUUCCUCAUCGUCUACCACUAGUACUUCAAGUAACGGAUACCAUCAUCACAACGAAGUCAAAUUAAAGCCGAAAGAGAUUUGCGCCUUUGUGCUUGGUUCCAUUAUACCGGUGGUCAUUUCAUUUGGUCAUUCUCACUAG